AUGAUAAGUAAUCGAGAUUCUAUAGUGAAUCCCGGAGUAUUUGAUAAAAACUGUAUAGAUUAUUUUAAUCUACUAGCUAGUUUUGAUAAAUAUUGGGGGUUUGAUAUAACUAAAAAUUCGGAAUUACAAAUUCAAAAUACCUUAUCUCAUUUAAGAAUAUAUAAUGCAUGUUUUUUAAAUGGUAAAUCGAAUGAUUUUACUAAUUUUAAAACUAUUGAUGACAAACUAUUCCCAUUUUUCAAAAGAAGUUUCCCUAAGUUUGAAUACUCUGAUGGUAAUCUUGAUGAUACUAUUUUAAAUCAUAUUAAAAUUGAAAAUAAUCAAAGUUAUUGGGAAACUUAUCAAAAAAAUAUUAAAGGUAAGGGAAUAGUAAUUAGCAUUGGUGAAUUUAAUAUACAAGAUGCUGAAAAUUUAAUUAAAUCUUUAAGAUUUUUAGGUAAUGAUUUAAAAAUUGAAUUUGUUCAUGGUAAUGAUGUUACCAAAACUCAUAAAAUUAAAUUACAAAGAGCUGCAACAAAUAAUUUAUUAUUUAAUAAAACAUUUAGUUUUAAUGAAAAUCAACAAAGUAUUUCAUUUGUUGACAUAUCAAAUUUGGUGGAUCCAAAAUACAAUAAAAGGUUUAAGAGUUUUUCAAAUAAAUGGUUAGCUGGAAUUUUUAAUUCUUUUGAAGAAAUGAUUUUAUUGGAUAGUGAUGCAGUUCCUUUUAUUAAACCCGAAGGAUUUUUUGAAUUUGAAAGUUAUGAAAAUACUGGAGCUUAUUUUUUCAAAGAUCGUGAAUUAGCGGAUCGAAUGCAACCAAAUAAUAUGAUUGAGUACAGAAAUUUCUUACCAACGACCUUAGAAACGAAUGCCUUU